CUCCGCACCCCUUCCCACUGCCGAGCACUCACCGUGAGCCGCGGGGUCGGUCCAUCCCACCGGAUCGAUCGGCCUCCUCCCCGCCCAUGGCCGCCCUCUUCACCGGGAAGGUCCUGAUGGCCAACCGGGAGCGGGACGAGGUGGAGACGGAGCAGGAGCUGGGCCGGGCGUUGGAGAACAAGGUGCUGCUGCUCUAUUUCGGAUCCGGGCAGUGCCCGCGGUGCCGGCAGUUCUCCCCGCUCCUCAAGGAUUUCUUCCUGCGGCUGACCGACGAGUUUUACGUGGAACGAGCUUCGCAGCUGGUCCUGGUGUACGUGUCCCGGGACGAGACGGAGGAGCAGCAGAGCGCUUUCCUGAGGUCCAUGCCGAAACGCUGGCUGGCCGUACCUUUCGGGGACGCCUUCAAAAGGGAGCUGGAGCUGCGGUUUGCCGUGUCCGAGGUGCCCGCGGUGGUGGUGCUGAGGCCAAACGGGGAGAGGAUUUUGAUGACUGGACCAGGAGAAGCAUCACCGACCCCAUCCGCCGCCUCAAGUACAAGCUGGACAAGGAGACGGAAGCGAAGAACAAGGAGAGGCAAGAGGAAGGCGAAGAGUCUUCUUAGGGGCUCGGAGAGGCUGUGGCUUGCGCGGGCUGACUUGGCCGGGGACGUCCCUCGGGUCGCUGUCCCUGCCCGACGUCUCCGGAAGCAGCAACAUCUGUCUGUCUUGUCGAAGUCCACUAAAAUCACGUUAGUUUUCCCAGAAGGUGAAUUGUUUUACGGCAAACGUGCUCUACGCCCACGCACAGCCUUUCCUGUCUGGAAGAUUGGUUAGCGUAAUAAGGAUAUUCCGACCCUGACUGAAUUUCAUUUCCCUUCUAUCGCCCUAGGACCUAGCGUAGUAAAAACCUCACGGUGACAUCUUUGCCAUUUAUUUACCAAAAAAGUGAGAAGAAAAGUAACUGCUAGAGACCAGCACUCGGUGAAUGUCUCACUAAACAGUUUUAAAAAUGGGAAUUGCAUUAAAAACCCAAAACAAACAACAAACCCUGCAGCAUGCCCAAGCCUCCUAUGGAGGUACGGAGAAGCUGUGACAAACGGCAACGGGAACAGAAUCCCUACGAUUAGCCGAUGCAGGGUUGGGUUUUUAGGAGACGGACACCCACGCGCUAAGUGAGCGAGUCCUGAGAAAUCUCCCGUGUUGCUGCUCACGUUACGCUGCUGAAAAUUGACGUUUCGGACAAAUCCUGCUGAGGAGCAGGUUGCUCCACGACCGGAAUUACAACAUGCAGGAGCCGCCCCGGUGACCUGCCUCUACUUUAUCUGCUAAUCGCGGUUGCCAUCUGCUGCUGCAGAGUGCCCAGCGCCGCCGACGGCAGCGAUCCGCCGGGAAGCCGAGUCCCAUCCCGGGUGGAAGAUCUGCCCGUCCUAAACCUACCGCGGCAGGCGGCGGACGGGUAAACUGCCAGGGCAGCGCACAUCCUUAGUAAACAUCACUCCGCUUCGUCCUUUCGAAUUCAACAGGUUCGCACGAAGCCGACUCCGAACGGCGGAGGGGGACCACGCUCUGCAGCCAAACGUCUCGUUUAGGGAGCCGGCGGGGACUCCUGCUGCGCGCAUCCCCCACUUUCCGUAAUCAAGGGGUCCGAAAAGCAGGAGAAGGGGGAAAGGGACCGUUCGUUUGCUCGUUUCUGGUCCCCUGUUCUCCACUCUGUCACCAGGGGAUGAGCGGAGGAUUUCCAAAAGCUUUGCCGGAUCCGUGAAGGAUCUGGGAAGGAAAGCGCAUGUCGAAGACAGACAUAGAAGCCGUGCAAGGCCGGCUUGUUCAACUUGUUUUCUCAGUUAAUCCUCCCUCUCUUCACCCAGCGAGUUUGACAGGUAGACGAGGGAAGGAGGAGAAGUCCUAUAAAACAAAUGGUUGGGAGGGACUCUGCUUUAGGCGGAACGAGAAGGGCGCUUCCUUCAGGAUGCUCUGCGGCGCACGGACGCUGCGUGAAAAGGCACAAAUAAAACCCAAAAGUGCUUUCAGGUGACUUGCCUGCUGGAGGAGCGAGGCCGUGCUGGCCGACGGUCACUGACGAGACAACAGGCCGUCCGCCUCGGGCGAUGUCCAGCAGUUAGUACGCCCCUAUUUAAAA